AUGUGCACCCGUUGUGGUUUUCGCUUGCCUGCAUGGUACACAGGACGUGACAUAGGCGUGGACAUCAUGCCGUACUUGAGGCCACCAAAAAUUUCGGAUAUUCAGGAAGAAAGAUUCAUAGAUGAGGGAAGCUGUGUUGCAAAAAUGGAAUGUGUCAGAGGUGGUUGUUCGUUUGAUGAACAUUACAGUAACUGUGGUUAUAGUGUGGCACUAGGGACCAAUGGAUUUACUUGGGAGCAGAUUAAUACCUGGGAGAAACCAACAAUGGAUCCAGCUGUCCCAACUGGCUCCUUCAUGAUGGUGAAUAGUUCUGGGAGGGCAUCUGGGCAAAAGGCCCACUUGCUUUUACCAACACUGAAGGAAAACGACACUCACUGCAUUGAUUUCCAUUACUACUUGUCCAGCCGUGACCGUUCUAGCCCUGGAUCCUUGAAUGUUUAUGUGAAAGUGAAUGGUGGACCUCAAGGCAACCCUAUCUGGAAUGUCUCUGGGCUUGUUACAGAAGGUUGGGUGAAAGCAGAGCUUGCGAUCAGUACUUUCUGGCCACACUUUUACCAGGUCAUAUUUGAAUCGGUUUCCUUGAAGGGUCACCCCGGAUACAUAGCUGUGGAUGAAGUCAGAGUCCUUGCUCAUCCAUGCAGAAAAGCUCCUCACUUCCUGCGGCUGCAAAAUGUGGAGGUUAAUGUUGGGCAAAAUGCAACAUUCCAGUGCAUUGCAGGAGGAAAGUGGUCUCAGCAUGACAAAUUGUGGCUACAGCAGUGGAAUGGAAGAGACACAGCAUUAAUGGUAACCAGAGUCGUCAACCAUAGACGUUUUUCUGCUACUGUCAGUGUAGCUGAUACAUCCCAACGCAGUAUCAGUAAAUACCGAUGUGUAAUCCGUUCUGAUGGUGGAUCAGGAGUUUCAAACUAUGCAGAAUUAAUAGUAAAAGAACCACCCACUCCUAUUGCUCCUCCAGAACUUCUAGCAGUUGGAGCCACAUACCUAUGGAUCAAACCAAAUGCCAAUUCCAUCAUUGGUGAUGGGCCCAUCAUCUUGAAAGAAGUAGAAUACCGUACAACCAAUGGGAAUUGGGCCGAAACCCACAUUGUGGAUUCUCCCAAUUACAAGUUAUGGCAUCUUGAUCCUGAUGUGGAAUAUGAGAUCAGAGUGCUUCUUACCCGUCCUGGGGAAGGGGGAACUGGACCCCCUGGGCCUCCUCUCACAACAAGGACAAAAUGUGCUG